AUGGAAUACCUGCCGAGUCUUCAACGCGAAUUUGAUGAGCUGAAGCCGUCCCUUUUCGAGCUCCUCGCGGAGCAACAGCUGUCAGACCUCCUCCCUCCAUCGAUCCGAUACCUGCUGGCUGUCGCUACCCAUCGGCAUCCGCGCUACUUGCUACGGAUUCUCAACUCGUACGAUGAGAUCUACGCUUUGCUCUCUCUGGUGGUCGAGCGGUACUACCUCCGCACCUUUGGCGGGUCGUUCACGGAGAACUUCUACUCGCUCAAACGCGAGCGCGUCCUACUCACGAAGCAUGGCGAGAUCCCUCGAGCACAGCUGGGCGCUCCGGGCCCUGUCCGCGAUGCCCUGAAGCUCCGGACGCGCGAUGUCUGGAAGAACCUGAUGGUCAUGGUCGGGAUCCCGUACCUGAAACGCAAGCUCGACGAAAGCUACGACAUCCACGCUGCUCCUCAGGCGUCUCUGAUAUCCGGUGGAGGGCCACGAUACCAUCCAGGCGACGAGCUGCCUGACCGUCCGACUCUGCGCCAACGCCUUCUGCACUACUACAAGUGGUUCCUGCGGAACGUGUACCCGUCCGUGAAUGCGGCGUACUACUUCUCCAUCCUCGCUUUCAACCUAGCGUACCUCUUCGACAACACGAAAUACUCCUCCCCGUUUCUCUGGCUGAUCGGCACCCGGAUUCGCCGUCUGGGAGCCGCAGACCAUCGCACCAUCGCAGCCGUCUUGGAUGGCAAGCCUGGUAGCAGCUCUGCUCGAUCGCGCCCCGGCUCAGGCAUGCUGGGUCUGCUGAGUGUCCAGAAUCUCUACCCACAACUCCUCACCUCCCUCCGCUACUUCCUGCCCGCGUCGAUCUUUGCCCUCAAGUUCCUCGAGUGGUGGCAUGCUAGCGAUUUCUCACGGCAGCUCGCGCGCAAAGCCACCGAGGUUCUCGACCUCCCUGCUCCGAUCGUGUCCGGACUUGCCACGGCGGUGACGAAAGGACAGACGCAGAACCAUGCCGCCAAGGUCAAGGCGGAGUCUAUGAAAGAACUCAAAUCGGCGCUCAAAUCUACCCCUCGCCGCCCCAAGCCCCCUAUCUCCGCAACAUCGUACCUGCCUAUCUUCACGGUGCCCAUGCUCCCGGCUGACCCGGCAAGCGCCAACACCUGUCCGGUCUGCCUGAACACUCUUACCAACCCUACCGCGUGCCAGACCGGCUAUGUCUUCUGCUACGUGUGUAUCUUCCACUGGCUGAACGGUGAGCACCAGCGCCAGCUCGACUUUAUGAGCGGGGACGGGGCGGGUGCGGCCUGGGAAGACGAUGCCAGUGAUGACGAGAAUAAUAGUAAUACCGCUAAUAACGACAAGGACGCCGCAGCCGCGGAACAAGGGGAAUCAAAGACUCGUCGUAGUCGGCGUGGGAAAUGGGAGAGCGGCAAGGGCCGCUGUCCAAUAACGGGGAGGAGGGUACUAGGCGGGACAGAGGGGUUGAGGAGGGUAUUGAUUUGA